AUGCCUCCUCCGAUUAAGGUUAGCAAGCUCAUGAAAGCUGCUAAGCAGUGUAUGCAAGCUGGAGAUUUUGAUGGAGUAAUUGAUCAUGCCAAAUCGAUUUUAAAACUCGACAAUGCCAACUACACUGCCUAUCUAUUGAUCGCGAGGGCAAAUAUAAGUAUGCAAAAAUAUGAAUUAGCUUCCCACCAUCUUGAAUGUGCCAUCAAAAUUCAGCCAGAUUUGGUGCCUGCCUGGAAAGGUUUGUUUUCAAUUGCUAAAGAAUCUCAAGACUACAAAUCCUUUUUCCAAAUCGCCUCUGGCUAUUGUCAAGUAUUGGCUAAUACUAAUGAAAAUCUUGUUGAAUUUGCAAGGGAUAUAAAUUUAUACUUCAAAAAGUUUGGUAACAAUUCAUCCGAAUUUAAAAAAUACUACUUAUUCAGCAUCAUUCCAACUUCUGUGAUUGGCGAUAUUUGCAACAAUUUAAUAAUCCAACAGGAUGCAGCUUUGAAAAAUUUGAUAGAUAUUAUUGAAAAUGAAGAGCAAAAACUGAUAAAAGAUGAGACUCGUCGGUUAUUUUUUAAAGUGGCUCAAAGCGAUUUGAGAGAUGAGGGUGAAGUUAAAAUUAGGUGGUCUGUUUAUAGCAGUUCUUGCUUACCCAACUUGUUUCAAAUUUUAAUCAAUACCACUAAAAAUGAUCAAUUAAGGGCUGAAACAGAAUCUAAAAAUUUGCAUUAUUUAUAUGAAAUGCUCAUCAAUGCUCCUGAAUCACCAUCAAAUCAACUUCAACAACAAAAUCCCUUUAAUAAAGAUAAAAUACAAAAUUUGAUUUCAGACUUAGUUCUAGUCAAAUCAAGCUGUUAUCUAGCCUGGGAACUCUACUUUGAUUGGGAGGAUUAUUUAGAUUUCAAUUAUAUGGUUCAUGAUAUUGAUAACAUAUUGAAUUUUAUUCACAUUUUUGAUUCUACUCAAAAUAGCUUAACAAAGUUGUUGUUUUAUUUUGGUAUCUCGGAUAUUUCACCAUUUGAUAAAGAAUUAUUUUUAAAAAGACGAUAUCCUCAAAACGAAAAUAAAAAUAAAAAUAAAAAUAAAAAUAAAAAUAAAAAUAAAAAUUCUAAAAACCAAAAAAAAAUUGAAAAAAAUAAAAUUAAAACAGAUGCCAAAAAUCACAAAAAAGAACUUCUUGAAAAAUUGCUUGAAUCAUUUGAAAACUGUAAAACUUCAAUUUUGGCACACCGAAUCGUUAUUGCAUAUUUUCUUUACAUUAAAGAUUACAGAUCAACCUUUGAGUACUCUCAAUCAGCAAUUGGUUUAUUAGUUAAGCAUCAAAAGCAAAUUGGUCAUUUGUUAUCUAAUACAAGACAAGCUUUCUUAACUACCAUUGGUACAUGUUUUAUUUAUCAUGAAGCCCCAAAAAACUUUCCCAGAGCUUUGAAAUUAUUUGAUAAUGUACUUCUUGAAUUUCCCAAUAAUAAAAAAGCAAAAAUUGGAAAGGGUUUAAUCCUAAUUGAAAAAAAACAAUUGGAACAAGCAAAAGCUCUUUUUCAAGAUGUGUUAGAGGAUCAGGGUCAUGAUGACACAGAUACAUUGUUGGAAUUAAGUUGGUGUCAGGUUCAAUUGUCUGAAUUUGAAGAAGGUAGACGUGGGCUAGUCAAGUGUCUUGAAACGCUUACUCAUGUUGACACAGUCACCAAUCAGUUAAGAGCAAAAAUUAACUGGAGAAUUGCCGAAAGUUAUUUGUUGUAUUUAAAACAAAAUUAUGAUGAUAUUAGCGACGAUAAUAUCAAAGUAGAAAUAGUUAAACUAGCCCAUGAUUAUUUAAUUGAUUCUUUAAGGUCAUCUAGAAAUUAUGCACCAAGUUAUACUUCAUUAGGAGAAAUAUAUUUGAGCUAUUAUGGCGAUGAAAAUAAAGCUAUCAAAUGCUUUUUUAACGCAUUUGAAAUUGAUGCAGGUGAAAUUGAAGCUGCAAGAUAUAUUGUUGAAACUUUUUGCUCAAAAUCUGACUGGGAAACCGCAAAAAUAGUUUGUGAGCGGUUAAUAUCAUCUCCAAAGGCCAGACCAUUAUUGGCAAAUUUAACCGAAAACGAUGAUAAAUCAUGGCCUUAUCGUGUUUUGGGAACUUCAUGUCUUGAAGUUCAAGAUUACGUUAAUGCUGUUGUACAUUUUUCAACUGCUUUGAGAUGUAAUGAAACUGAUAUUGAAUCAUUAAUUGGGUUGGGCGAGAGCUAUUUAAAAUGUGGGAGAAUCGAAGGAGGUGUAAAAGUUUUCAAUCAUACAUUGAAAAUUCAACCAGAUAAUUGGUAUGCAAAGUAUUUACUAGCCAUUGCUCAACGUUCAUUGAAGGAAUACCCAUCUUCAUUGAUAAAUCUAAAAACAGUGAUUGAUUUAAAACCAAAUGAGUCUGCUAUUGUAAUUGCUCUUUACGAAACUUUGAUUGAAUCAGCUACGAGCAAUGUAGAAGGUGGUUUUUAUGGAAGAAGCAUUGAAAACUGUUUGGAAGCUAUUGACUAUAUUAAAAGAGCUCGUGAGUUAAAUUUCAAAUCAGUAAAACUAUGGAAAGCGAUAACAGAUAUCAUUCGAUUAUUUUUAACUGUGAAAGAAAAAAUUGAGAGUAUUCCAUGGGAAAGUAUCGUUGAAAUUAUUAUUGCAUCAUUAAAAGAUUAUGAAAAAGAAGGUAGUGAAAUUCAAAACAAUGAUUAUAUCAAGGUUUGUUCUAUAUUAUCAAUUCUAUCAGCCAAAGUUGGGUUGAUUUCCAUUUUAUCGGAAAACAAAACUGCCAGAGUUUUAAGGUCAAUGGGGUGGUAUAAUUUAGGGUUGGUCGAAUUAGAGUCAUUUAUAAAUUUGUUUAAUUCUUCUGAAAAGAAUGGAAAAAUGGAUAAUAAAUCAAUUAGAUUUAGGGAUUCAUCAGUUAAGUGUUUCAAAAAAGCUAUUCAACUAGAAAGUCAAGUAAGUGAUUAUUGGGUAGGAUUAGGCAUUUGUUUAAUGUCAAUCAAUCCAAGGAUAUCACAACAUUGUUUUAUUAAAGCAAGCACAUUAGCAUCUAAAGACUACAAUGUAUGGAAUAAUUUGGGAGUUCUUUAUUUGAAUUGUGGGGAUAUUGAUUUGGCGCAGAAAGUGUUUAGUAAAUCUCAAUCAUUAUGUCCACAAGAAUCAACGUGUUGGUUGGGUGAUGGACUCUGUUUGGAGUUUGAGCAAAAUUUUGAAAAAUCCAAUCAGUUGUUCAAACAUUCGUUUGUUGUUUCCAAUGGAAAGAACCCGGCGUCUCAAUUAUUAUUUGCGUUGUCUGUGAUAAACCAAAAAUUGCAUAAUGGUAGUAUUGCAAGUAAACAAGAUUUAAGUAUGGCAAGUUUUGCGAUAUUGAGGUUUUUGAAGUUUGGCCCUAAUAGUGAAAUUGGAUUAGAAUGUGCAUGUAUCAUUUUUGAAAGAUUGAAGGACUAUGAAGUUGGUAAAAAGUUAGGAAAUAAAUUGUCUGAAAUAUUGGAAAACAAAUAUGAGAAGGAAGAAAGUGAAAAGGUUUUAUUGCAAUUUGUUCAGGUCAAAACUCAAUUAUCAAGAAUAUAUCUUGGUAGUGGAGAGUAUGAAUUGUCGAUUGAAGAGGCUGAAUAUGCUCUAGAUUUACUAGAGGAAACAGAAUUGGAAAAUAAGGAUAUCGAAGAAUGCAUUCUAUCUGCUCGAAUUUGCAUUGGCCUUUCUAAUUUCUUUUUAGACGAGUUGAAAUUAGGAUUAAACCAGUUUAAAAUCAUUCUAGAAAUGUUCCAUAGUACUCAAAGAUUGGUCUUGUUACUAUCUCAAAUUUUGUACUCAUUAAGCACAGAAGAAACUAAAGACGCAGCACUAGAAGAGUUAUUAGAGAACAUCGAAAUCAACGGUAAAUCUGUGCUGAUUUUGUUGACAUUGGGGGCGAUUUCAAUUUUAGAAAAUGAUCAUCAAAUAAUGCAGUAUGUCAAAGAGGAACUAGAGCAUUUGUCUCUAGAAGAGGCACUUGAAGACUCUUUGUUGCACAACGUUCCUAAAAUUCUUGCAAUAUUGAAAAUGAAGCUCUACCCUAAAGGUGAUUUCGAGGGGACGAAAGAAUGGCAACGCCAAAUCAUGUUGUUUCCCAACGACUGGGCAGUGUGGGAAACAGUCAAUAAAGAUGCCUCUCUAGAAAUUGCUACUGGAAGACAGACGCAAGUCUAUGCUGGAGAUUUAGCCAGACUAUAUCUCAAAAACAGCAGCAAAAAGGCAGUGCAGAGAAGCGUUUUUUUGUACCCAAGGCCAGAUCUCAGACCAUUUUUUUGA